AUGGCUUCUAUGGCAGCGCUACUAGAAGAGAUUCCCGAUUGGAAAAUCAGUAACUGUCGAUUCCAUAAGGCGAAGAAUAUGUUACUGAACUUCAAACAAAAGGUUACUAGUGAAAAGAACUUGCUGCUUGAUGAUGAGGUUAAGAGUUGGUUCAAUCGCCUCCUCGGGUUGUCGUUUUUGCCAGAAUCUGUAGCAGUAGAAGCUGGAAAUCACAUGUUGUCACAGUAUUCUACAACUGCAGGAAUUACGAAUCACAAGACGUACAAGGACCUUGCUGCGUUCCGUGCUUACGUCAGCACAUGGCAUAGUAAGCACGGUAGACAUUUCAACUUUUACGACGAUCCUCUUAAACCAAGAACAACAAAUUAUUGUGAAGGUUUUAACAGCGGUUUGAAGAAGAUUGGAAUGCCUAAACAUCCACCGACACGCAUGGGGUACGAGCAAUACAGACAAAUAUUAGAAAGAGCUGGCGUUUUGUACACACAUCCCAAGCAAGGAAUUAUGGUCAACAAAGAACGUAUCGGAAAAAGAUAG